AUGUUCAAAGUAAUUCGGAGGUCUGUGGGGCCAGCCAGCCUGAGUCUGCUCACCUUUAAAGUCUGUGCAUCACCUAAAAGGGACUCACCUCACAAAACUUCUGUGAAGGUUAUUGAGCUUUCACUCUACUUGGUUCCUAAGGGUCAAUCUAAAUAUGUGGAGGAGCCAAGGACCCAGCUUGAAGAAAGCAUUUCACAUCUCCGACAUUAUUGCGAGCCAUAUACAAGUUGGUGUCAGGAAAUGUACUCGCAAACAAAGCCCAAGAUGCAGAGCUUGGUUCAAUGGGGGUUAGACAGCUAUGAAUAUCUCCAAAAUGCACCUCCUGGAUUUUUUCCAAGACUUGGUGUUAUUGGUUUUGCUGGCAUUGUUGGACUUCUUUUGGCUAGAGGGUCAAAAAUAAAGAAGCUCGUGUAUCCACCUGGGUUCAUGGGACCAGCUGCCUCUCUUUAUUAUCCACAACAAGCCAUCAUAUUUGUCCAGGUCAGUGGGGAGAAAUUAUAUGACUGGGGUUUACGAGGAUACAUAGUUGUAGAAGAUUUGUGGAAGGAGAACUUUCAAAAGCCAGGAAAUGUAAAGAAUUCACCUGAAAAUAAGUAGAAUGCUCCAUGCUCUGCCCAUUUUAAUCAGUUAUAGGUAAACAUUGGAAACUCCAUGCAUUUUCUACAGAAAAAUGGCAGAGAAGUCAGUACUGAAUGUAGUAAAUUGGCUUUCUUCUUCAGGAAACACUAUACCAGGCUUCUUUGUUAUCUUGGGUGAUACCAUACUACCAGUGGACUAAUCGGAAAUCCUUUCACCUAGAGAUAAUGUCCAGCAUUAGAAC